UUCACGACAGCUUGUAACGUAGUUACCGUUUCUAUUGAAGAAAUAUACUUAAGAUCAUAACAAAUAUGCCUGACUACGAUCCGACUUCCGACGAUCAACUGACCAAGGAAAGGGGGAUGUGUGUAGAAGGGGACCAUCACGUCAAGAAAGCUGUAGAGAUAUUGGAAAAGUGUGAAAACCGGGUGAAGUCAAAGGCCUAUACAGCUGAGACCUGCCACCAGGAGGCGAUGGAUUUUAUGGAGGCGCUAGACCACUGUGUUGGCGAAAAAGCCUUCAAACGCCUUGUAUAAUUAUAAUAUUGGUUAUAUAACAACA